GAUUCCUCCUGGUUGCUUCCGACCCAAUCCCUGAAAUCUCCCAUUGAACAAUUUUGGUGAUUCUUCAUGGUUUUUUCUCCGAUAAAGCCGGAUACUUUCGUUUCGUGUGCUAAGGUUGUCUAAAGUUUGGUUCCUGAACUAAAAUUUGGUAGAUUUUUCUGGGAUUUUCACUGUGGAACUGGGAACUGAUCUGGGUCAAAUUAUAAUUGACGAUAGUUCCAAAAGUUUCGAUCUUUUGGUUUCUGUUGUGUCCUGGACAUUGGGUUCUUACUGGAGUUUCACUAAGAGGGUUAUUCAAUUGGUACUGAGACUUUGUUUGGAUAUUUGAUUAAGGCAAAACUAAGGAAUUGUCUCGAUUUAGGACCCUAUUUUCCUGUCUCUUGCAGAUGAGUUGGUCUGAAAGCUAGUUCUCGAAUCAGAGCUUUUGGGUGCAACGUGAGCAGAAGGAGUUAUGCUACGCGCAAGUUGUUUUGCUCCAUCCUCCAUCGCCCGAGCGAGUUCCUCAUUAUUUGUACUGUUUUUCAACACUCCAUAUGUUCUUUUCCGCCGCCAUAGUGUUUCUCCAUUUCGACGGUACAAUGCUCCUCUCGCUGUCAAAGGGUCCCGAGAGAAACAUCCUUCCCUUAUGGCACAGAACAGACAUCUAUCCACCAUGUCUCUCACUGCAAAAGAAUCGAAAGAGUUGCCUCCUAAUAACAUAUCCAAGAAAGUGAAUAAGAAAGCUCAGCGGGAUUCUCCUGAAACAAUGCUCAAACUGAAACUAGACAUGUGCUCCAAAAGAGGUGAUGUAGUGGAAGGACUUCGAUUGUAUGAUGAGGCGAGGAGCAACGGUGUGCAGCUUAACCAGUACCAUUAUAAUGUCGUUCUCUAUUUAUGCUCUUUAUCUACUGACCCAUCCGUCGAAGCAGCAAUGUCUCAGAGCCCAGGACUCCAGAGGGGUUUCGAUAUUUUCAGGCAGAUGAUUGCUGACAAAGUUGUUCCAAAUGAAGCCACGUUCACGAAUGCAGCUAGACUUGCUGUUGCAUUAGAUGACCCGGAAAUGGCUUUUGACAUGAUUAAGCAGAUGAAGGCUUUUGGUGUCCAACCGAAGUUGAGAUCUUAUGGACCAGCACUUUUCGGUUUCUGUAACAGGGGUCUUGCAGAUAAAGCUUAUGAAGUUGAUGCACAUAUGGUUGAAUCUGAGGUGAUUGCCGAGGAACCCGAGCUCUCUGCCCUUUUGAAAGUUAGUGUUUUCGCAAGGAAGGGGGACAAAGUUUACGAGCUGUUGCAGCGGUUGCGAGCCUCAGUCAGACAGGUCUCUGAACCGACCUUUGGAACUAUCGAAGAGUGGUUUAAGUCUGAAGAUGCAGCAAAGGCUGGAGUGAAGGAAUGGGAUGUGGGUCAAGUAAGGGACGGUGUGGUGAGGGGUGGUGGAGGAUGGCAUGGGCAGGGAUGGCUGGGGAUUGGCGGAUGGAAUGUCACGAGAGCAGAGAUGGAUGAGAACGGUGUCUGUAAAUCUUGCAAAGAGAAGCUUGUCUGUGUCGAUAUCGAUCCAAUGGAGACAGAGAACUUUGCCUCGUCUCUGUCCAAACUGGCCUGCAAGAAAGAAGUCAAGGCUCAUUUUAAUCAGUUUCAGGAAUGGCUGAAAAAGCAUGGACCAUUUGAUGCAGUGAUAGAUGGGGCGAACAUGGGCCUCGUCAACCAGCGCAGUUUCAGUUUUUUCCAGGUAAACAAUGUUGUCAAGAGAUGCCAAGAGAUGAGUCCAUCGAAGAGGCUACCACUUAUCAUAUUGCAUAGGAGCCGUGUAAACGGAGGUCCAGCAACCAACCCCCAAAACAAAGCCCUGCUUGACAAGUGGAGGAAAGCCGGUGCCCUUUAUGCCACUCCUCCUGGUUCAAAUGAUGAUUGGUACUGGUUGUAUGCUGCAGUGAGUUGCAAGUGCUUACUGGUGACGAAUGAUGAGAUGAGAGACCAUCUUUUCCAGUUGUUGGGUAAUAGUUUCUUCCCGAGGUGGAAGGAGAAGCACCAGGUUCGGAUGUCUGUGUCGAGAGAGGAUGGUCUUAGGCUGCAUAUGCCACCUCCAUACUCCAUUGUUAUACAGGAGUCGGAAGAUGGAAGAUGGCAUGUUCCAAUGAGUGUGGAGGAUGACCUUCAGACAUCGAGACAGUGGCUCUGCUCCACACGAGCCAUGAGCAGCCGCCUCUGAGAUUCUCUUCAUGGCCCGGACCUGUCCUGUCUGAUGCUCUCAGUUCAGUGGAAUAUAUUACGUUGUAGCAUCGAUUUUUUUCAGCAUAAAUGAGAUGAAAUUGUUGAAUCCAUGUAUUUAAACAUGGAUGAGGUUUUUACAUUAAGACAACGAUGUGGAAGCACAUACUUCUUGUAUUUUGCAUUAUUCA